AACUUAAAAAAAAGGAUAAGCAGUGGGAAAGUCGUGCGAGGAACUAUCCUUCAACACUGUAUAUAUAUAGUAAGCACAAUUCCCCACUUUACAUUUCUCUUAUAUAGGGUUUAGAUUGAUACUUUAAUAAUCAAUUGCGUAGCUAGUUCCAACCCUUGAACUUGACAGAAGAUAGGUAAUUAGAAUAGAGGAGGAGGAAGAAGUAGAAGAAUGGAUGUUGUGCAGUUUUUACUUCAUACUACUCUGUUCUUGUGGUGUGUUAGUAUUAAUACUACUACAGUAGCAGCACCACCACAACAAAUCUUAAUAGCAAAGCCUAAUUGUCCAUCACAUUGUGGAAACAUUUCAAUCCCAUAUCCUUUUGGAAUUGGACCAGGUUGUUACGCACAUAACUGGUUCGAAAUACUGUGUAAUGAGUCAGUCAGCCCACCCAAACCUUUCUUCAACCGCACCACUCUGAAUCUUGAGGUACUGGAAAUUUCUAUUGCAGGAACACUAAAAGUCAGAAACCCAAUUACGGUCUCUAAUAAUUGCAGUGAUAAACCAAUUCGGCAAGGAGCCUACUUGUGGGGAAGCCCUUUUGUGUUCUCGCAAAAGAACAGAUUCACAGUAGUUGGUUGUGGUGUUAUGGCUGGGCUGAAUUGUAGCUCAGAUGGCUUGACUAUCUCGGCUACGUGCUUGUCCCAGUGUGAAAUUGCCUCCAAUGCAAGCAGUACCUGCAAUGGUUUGGAUUGCAGCCAGGUCUCUAUCCCUUCCUUUCUCUCUACCUUCGAUACCAGUUUCAUAUCUACAACAAAUCCAUGCAAUUAUGCAUUCUUGGCAGACCAGGACUGGUUUCAGUCGUUUACCAACAAUUUAACUAAUAUCUCUGCCAGAAUUAGUGAUAUGGAUUAUGUGCCUGCCGUGUUGGAAUGGGGCUUAUAUCAUUCAAUCCUCGAUGUAUUUGGAACCUCUUCAAUCGCUUCUGAUAGAUCUGUUAACUGCCUGGAAUACAAUGACGCCUCUUCAACAUAUAGUUCCUCAAGGCUGGAAUGUUUCUGUGCAAUGGGCUUUGAAGGAAACCCCUAUCUCAUUGAAGGAUGUCAAGAUAUAAAUGAAUGCUUGGCUCCAAACCGGCAGUGUCCUGUGGACUAUGCUUGUAAGAAUCAUCCUGGAUAUGCCGAAUGCUACUAUCCAAAGAGAAAGUCUGCAGUUAAGCUGGCCUUUAUAGUUAUCGGUAGCGUUCUUGGACUACUGUUUCUACUCAGUGUUGCUUGGUGGUUGCACAAAGCCAUAAAGAAAAGGAAGAACAUAAAGCAGAUGGAGAAGUUUUUUAAACAAAAUGGUGGUUUAUUGUUGGAGCAACAACUAUUAUCUGGUGAAGUAAAUGUCGACAAAAUUAAGUUGUUCAAUUCGAAGGAGUUAGACAAAGCUACUGACCACUUUAAUGUGGACAGAAUUCUUGGCCAAGGAGGCCAAGGUACUGUUUACAAAGGAAUGCUGGAAGAUGGAAGAAUUGUUGCUGUAAAGCAGUCUAAAAAACUUGUUGGAGGUGAAGUUGGAAAUUUCAUUAAUGAAAUUGUCAUUCUUUCACAAAUUAACCAUAGGAAUGUGGUCAAGUUAUUGGGGUGCUGUUUAGAGACGGAAGUUCCUCUUUUGGUUUAUGAAUUCAUACUUAAUGGAACACUUUCUCAGUAUAUUCAUCACCAUAAUGAGGAGUUUCCUCUCACUUGGGAAAUGCGCUUACGGGUGUCGAUGGAAAUUGCAGGAGCUAUUUCGUACUUACAUUCAUCUGCUUCCAUGCCUAUAUACCACAGAGACAUCAAGUCUUCUAACAUUCUAUUGGAUGAUAAGUAUAGAGCCAAAGUAGCAGACUUUGGAACAGCAAGAUCUAUUGCCAUUGAUAAGACACACCUUACUACACGAGUACAAGGAACAUUUGGUUAUCUAGACCCAGAAUAUUUCCAAUCCAGUCAAUUCACUGACAAGAGUGAUGUUUAUAGCUUUGGAGUGGUCCUUGCUGAGCUCUUGACAGGACAAAAACCAAUUUCUCUGACAACCUCAGAUGAAUGGAGAAGCCUAGCAAACCUUUUCAUUCUUUCAAUGGAAGGAAAUUGCCUGUUCGAUAUUCUCGAUACUCGAGUUAGAAGUGAUGGUCGGGAAGAAGAAAUUGUGGCAGUUGCUAACCUUGCAAAAAGAUGCUUAAAUUUGAACGGGAGAAAACGACCUACUAUGAAAGAAGUUGCUGUGGAGUUGGAGGGAAUCCAAUUGUCGGUUAAAGCUCAUUCUGAUGCUCAACAAAACUUCUCAGAGAUUGGGUAUGAUCGAACUAAUGGAAUGACCGAGGCUUGGGAUGUUUGUUCUACAUCAACAGGGUUAUCAUGUAUGGAUAGUACUACAGGUUCUUCAUUAGAUGCACAACCUCUGCUGUCCUUUAAGUAUGAGUGAAAUUUUUUUUUCAUACUUUCAUAUUUCUGGUGGAGUCAGGUAGAUGAAAUUCGAUAUAGAUUAAGGAUUUUUAGUUGUAGCCAGAUUGUAGAAUAUUACUUGCAAUAUUUUCACAAACUAUGUAUGUGAACCGACUCUUAUUCCUAGAGAAAUUCUUGCAUAAGGGCAGCCGCACCACGUGGCUCUAGGACUGAUCAAUCAAAAAUUAGAAAUUUUUAUUCUUUAUUCGAAACUGUCCUUGCUUUUUAAAGUAAAACACCCAAAAUACAUUUUUGCCAA